AUGGAUUUGAGGAAACACUUCUCCUCCCUUUUCCUCCUAGUGUACUUAAAAUGUUUCAUAUUUCACAUUUGCUUUAGUCCCGGGGUGGAAAAUACCAACGGGAGUUGCUACAUACCUAGCACAUUUAAAAAGAGGCAGUACAAGCAAGCGUCUAGUAAAACCUUUGGGAAGGGAAAAGAUACGAAAUUUCAACUAAGUCUGAUUUUUAGAAAGCAAAAAGAUCAGUCCAUGAUAAGAAGCAUUCCUACACAUGUGCGAAAAAGAAAGAAGAAAAAAAAAAAGAAAAAAAAGGCAGACAGUGAUGGCGAUGCUGUUGGGAAGGGCCAAAAGGGGGGAAAGAAAAAAGUAAACAAAAAGUUAAUGAGAAGAAGGUUGCUCAAGUUUUAUAAGUUGAAGAGGAAAAACGAGGGCACUGAGGAGGAUGUUUUUUCCGACAAGGCCAAGUACUCUGUGUUCGAUUAUGUCGAGGAUAAAAUAAGUGGAGGGGUGACCCGUGGCAUCGACGGAAGCGGCGACAACGCCGACAAGAACGAUGAUGACCGUGUUAGCCGCGUUAGCAGCGUCAACCAUGGGGGUGACGGCAACCAAGGCGACUUCCCCUCCGCUGCACCGAGCGAGGGCCAACAAAAAGGAGAAUAUGAAGGAGAAGCGGAACUGCACACCUACGUGGAUGAUAUUCAAGGGGAGGAAUCACCCGAACAGGCUGAUUCUACUGACGGGCAAGAUUACCAACAUGGACAAUAUGACGAAGAUAUCCAACAGGGCGAAGAAAAAAAUGGCACCUCGGAAAGGAAAAAAAAAAAAAAAAAAAAAUUGAAAAAACUAAAAAAAAACAUGCACAUAGGGAAAUAUAACAGAAAGAUUUUUACCUACAAACAAAAAGUGUCCGUAGAUGAUGUACACGAAUAUGUCCAGAAGAAACAACUGGGGGAAAAAUACAUCCUCCAGAAAGACACCUUAAAAAAUGUUUUCGUAAAUAAGCCUCUGUUCAAUUUUUACAAUUUUUACAACUUCUUUCAAAUAGAUCACAUCGAAAAGUACAAUAAAGAAAAGGUUCUGAACUUAAUUUACUACUAUAUUUAUAAAUACAAAAACAAAAACAAAAUGGGGAGCGAAAGAGAAUACGAAUGUGUGAAGACAGAAGAUGUUGUAGGGACUUACGAAAGAAUUGCAGAUGAUACGAAGAAAAUGAAGCACUAUUUAGAUUUCUACAUCGACAUGAACAACAACAGGUAUUUAUACAUGAAUAUCGACAAGAAUUACGCCUUGAAGAAAAAGCACACCGAUGCCUUCACUGUGAGCAACAUUAACAAGGUCGACUCGAUGCACAUACACAAUUACAAGGUGGUGUGGACCAUUCGAAAUGUGCAGGAGAAACUUUUUUGGAGAUUCCGUGAAAUGGGGAACAUUCCCCUGACGACUUCUGCCUUUUCCUUCGCUGGAAAAAAGUCGUUCAAGUUGAAGCUUUGGCUAGAUGGUCACAAGUCCGCCAAGAAGGGCUACGUUAGCGUUGGACUCAGACAACUGGAAAACUACGGACUUCUGGAGGAAUACAUUUGUUUCUCCCUUGGCGGAAUUACGAGGGGCCCAUUCCAAUACAUGUCCAGAGAAUACUACCAGGGGUGCUACAACUUUUGUAAGUUUGAUGAGCUUGAUGUAAAGAACGACGAAUUGCAGUUAAGUUUAUUUGUGUAUGAUGGGAUUGUGUAG